GUUGCAAGGAGUUGCUGUGCGCUUAGACCUCACUGGACCCUCUUUGACCUCUCCACAACCGUCUGACGCUUGAAACCGUCUUUGUUACUGGAAGAGCAAACACGAUAUAGAAAAGCGUAUCAUCUUGCACGGUAGUUACUUCUGUUCUGCCACCUCACAAUUUAUCGAAUACGCCGAGCUUCAUAAUGACCGGACGACGUUCCGCCCGCGCCGCGACAAAGGCACCUGUCAAGUACACGUCAGACUCAGACGGAUCAGAUUUCGGCGAGAAGAGGACCAAGAAAUCAAACAAGAAGGCCGCCCAGUCCACUCCUAAGAAAGGCACAAAACGGUCCCAGCCGGCCAACGGCGAGACUGAACAAACACCCAAGCGCCGUAGGAAGUCCCCAGAGACUCUCGCAGCUGAACACGCAGAAAAAAGCAAGCAGCAAGAAGAGAAAGCCGCGAAACAAAAAGCAAAGCAGAAAUGGGAGGACUGGCUUUCGAAGAACGAUGUGUCUGGCAAGCUGCUCGAGACUGAACCAGAGCGCGAGGACUGUAUCACGCAGACCGACGCCCAGAAACAGUAUGGCCUGAAAGCAACCGAGCUGGUCACCGUCGAGCACUUUGAGAAGCCGAAUCAGUAUGGCGGUCAGACCAAGCUGUUUCUACUCGCGGACGUGGCAAAGGUGGCAUUCCGGAAGACUGGCAUCUUGGCAGGCUUCGGUGACGAGCCGUCGGUAUUGGAGAAAGGUGAAGAGCUGUGGAAAAACGAGCAUAGCAACGGCGCUAAAUCUCCACCUAAGGAGCCAAAGGAGGCAGCACCUAAGCCCAAAACGCCCAAGCAGAAGUGGGCAGCGUAUGUCGAAGAACACAGUAUCGGCGACGAGAAGCUCUCCGAAGAACCAGAGGACAGCAUCAACCAGACAGACAGCAAGACUCAGUUCCAGCUCCUGCCUGCGGAUCUGGCCUGCCUCCCGCACUUCCCCAAGCCGAAUCCAAAGUACGGCAAUACCACGAAACUGUUCAAAAAGAACGAUGUGCAGGACCUCGCGUAUCGCAAGGCGGCAAUGGUCGCGGGUGUUGACGAGACUGCCACCACUGAAGAGAUUCUGAGCAAGGGCAAGGAGCUGCUUGGAUCGGCGGAGGAUGCUGCUGAGACUUGAUGGGUUGUUUCAUCCCUGACCUCGUAAUUAUGCUCGUCGAAUCUCUGGAAAGCUGGUUUACUGGAUGUACCG